AUGGCCGACGGCUGCAAAGUUGGAGCUUGCUUCGGACUUGUUUUUUUCGUCGCCAUUAAGCAGAAAAAGGGGAACUCACCAAGAUUCAAACCGUUCUCUCUCAGUUUUCAAAUUCUGACAUUUACCGUGCAGAUCGGGGCAAAAGGCGAGAGCUUAGCGAGAGACGUCCGCUCAGUCCGCCAUCCCAGCCGGAACCUCACGGCCGAGAGGAGGUGUGUGUGGAAGAGUGAGACCCGGGGGGUAUUCCAGGAAGCAGGUUAUGCUAGCUCCCACGUGGUCUGCUCUCCAUCGACGGUACAGCUGGGUCGGGACGUGGUUCUGUCAUGUCGAGGAGAACCUCAAUCUGACUUGACGGCUGAGACCUUGGAAUGGAAAUGUGGCACAGCCUUUGUUCACGUGUAUCGGAGUGGGGGGGACAACUUUGAUGAUCAAGACCUGAGGUUCAAGAACAGGACCAUCCUCAACCACCAGAACCUGAAGGAUGGAAACGUUUCCCUCACACUGACCAAGGUCACCAAGGAGGAUGAAGGAAACUACACCUUCUGUCUUCUUAAGCAGAAGCCGUUAAAAUGUUCUAAUGUCACCCUGACAGUUGUUCCACAGAUGAACAAUGAGACACACAACCAAACAGGAUCUGCUCAGAGCUCUGAUGUCAUCGCUGCCAUUGGUGUUCUUGGAGGUGUUCUUCUUCUUGGUGUUGGGGGGAUCCUGGGUUUUAGAUAUUGUAGGAGAAACAGAGACAGAACUGAUCCCCAACCAGAUUCUGCUUCCAUCGCUCUGAGGAUCAUGGAGGAGGGGGAGUCUUCCCAGCCACCGUUGGAUGAAGGGGGGGCUGACCCUGAACAGUUCUCCAGUCCUUUCAUAGAUGAUCAUCUGAAUCAAAGUCAUGAUGGAGAUGUUCCAGAUCACUACAGUGAAGGAGGAGCAGAAGCAGCAGCAGCUGGAAAUAGAAAUUUUAACUGUGAUGGAGCGACUGACCUCUGACCUUUUGUAUAAGAUUCUGCACUGAUUUGUACCAUAAUAACUUAUUGGAAUGAAAGAUUUGCCAUAAAUUAUAAGAAAUGUUUUUGGAUGUUAUGGAUUAUGAGUUCAGAAAAGAAUAAAUAAAUAUUGGUUAUAUUUUCAACAAUGAA